CGAGGCAUGGUGUCGGAGGCUGGAAGGAAGACAGCGACAGCAAUGUUUUUUUUCGUAUUCUUGCAAUAAUUAGUAGCUAACCUUCCCCCUCUCACUUUCCUUCCUCUCCCCUCUCCCUAAUCUGGAAACAGCGCUGUUUCGGUCUGGGAAGUAGGUGGAAAAAGAUGGGGAUCCUGGCUUGGGGAACUUGCUAGGAAUUCAGGCUAAGGAAAGGGUUAGGGGCGGCUCACUGGACUCGGUUACGGGACUGCAGGAUUUUUCCAAUGAGCCUGGGCGGGCUGGAGAGUGUUUAUAGUAAUCCCUCUCAGGCAGUUGAGAUAGCAAAUAAAUUCAGACCCCCACUUUCAUUUUGUAAGGAUGUGGGCCCUUUAGUUAAUGGCAAGGCAGCCUUGAACCAAGGGAGUCCACUGCUUAAGUACUUUAGGGGACUAUUAGGGGACCACUGUUUCAAAAAUCUGCAAGUGAACUAGUCACUUUCCAAAACUUUUUGUUUUUGAAAAGUUCAGCCCCUUACCUAUUUACAAACUGGAAUUUAUUUGUAUUUACCCCUUUAAUCAACCGUUUGGGGGCAAUUUAUAUCCUAAAACGAGGAAUUAAUUGAGACCUGGAAUUAAGGAAGAGCAGGUGUUUACUUGAUUAAAAAAACUUGUCUUCCCUUCCUACUUGUGGGAUCAGAGGAUAUUUUGACAAAAGUUAUUUUUCUCCAGGUUGAAAGGCGGGCUCAACUCAGUUUUAUAUCUAUUUCUGAGACAGCUUUAUCUUACUAUAUUUUUGCAUGUUAUUUUACAAUCUGGCAUUCAUAGAGCAACCCCCAACUAUCCUCAUGUAAAGAGACAAGUGGGUUGAAUGUAGGUUGUAGGUAACAAGAUAAAAUAGCCCUUCCAUUGUGAGGUGUGUGUGUGUCUUGAAGAUUUGGGCUUUUUGGAGGAUUCCUCCCUCUUCAAGCACAGUGGAGAAGGAAUGCCAAACCCAGAGAGACAUGGGGGCAAGAAGAAUGCGGGAGGAGGGGAGUCUUUGCAUCAAGGUGCAGUGUCCUGCAGUGGGAGCUCAAACAGAGAGAGGCACCGGCUUUCUAAGCAUAAAAGACACAGAUCCAAGCAUUCCAAAGAUUCACUGUUGGGGUCCCAAGAAGGAAGUGCAACACUUGGCAGCAUGAUCAAGCCAUUGGUAGAAUAUGACGAUAUCAGCUCUGAUUCUGACACCUUCUCAGAUGAAACAGUCCUCAAGUUGGAACGUAGAGAAAAUGAAAGGAAAGGGACAUUGGACAGGAGUGAUCGAUUAAAUAGACAGCAGCAGCACAAGCAUGUCCAUGACUUGAUGAAAAGUAAGUUGGGGGACAAGGAGAAGCAACUGGAAAGGAAUCAAGAGUCCUCAGGCAAUUUGAGUUCUAAUAAAGAUCGAAUAUCCAGGACUUCCAAAAGGCUACAUGAGGAGAAUGAUGACCAUUCAUCUAAGUCAUUCAAGAGUAGUAGCAAAGAGUCUCGGUCAGCCAAACUGCAUAAAGAGAAGUCUAGGAAGGAGCGGGAGGUGAAAUCUGGUUACAAGGAUCACAGUAAAAGUCGUUGGAAAAGAGAUGUCCCCAAAAGCUACAAGUCACUGGACAGUCCAAAGUGGAAAUCCAGAAGUCCACACCAUAAGUGGUCAGAUGGUCCCAAACAAGAUGACAGUCCCUCAGGAGUAUCUGAUACACAGGACUAUGACAACAGCCCUCCACACUCUCACACAUCCAGUAACUAUGAUUCCUGUAAGAAGAGUUCUAGUGUAUCCUCACGACGACCAUCAGUGAGCCCUCCAUUUAAGGAACCUGCCUACCAAUCCAGUAUAUGUUCUCCCAGCCCUUAUGGCAGGAGACAGCGGUCAGUCAGCCCAUACAGCAGGAGGCGUUCAUCCAGCUUUGAAAGGGGAAGUGGUUUAUACAGUGGAAGAUCCCCCAGCCCAUUCAAUCGAAGGAGCUCCAGCAGUUCUUAUGUUUCCAAGCGGUCUCUGAGCCGUAGUCCUGUUUCCAGGAAGCCCAUGAAAUCCCGAAGUAGAAGUCCCGCUUAUUCAAGGCAUUCAACAUCUCAUAACAAAAAGCAGAGAACUGGGUCUUGCAGUCGUCAUUCUAGUAUCUCACCUGUUCAGCUACCACUGACCUCCAGUUUGGGAGCUGAGCUGAGUAGGAAGAAAAAGGAGAGGGCUGCAGCUGCAGCUGCAGCAGCAGCAAAAGUUGAUAGAAAGGAGAGAAAGGACUCACAUAGCCUAUUGUCUAGGAAAGAAAAUAACUUAACUGAAGUAAAAGAGUCUAUAAUGGAUGUCAGGAAGGCAAAAAUUGCUAAGCCUGAAAAAUAUCCUCCUGAUCUGGAGAUGGUAAAUAUUCUACAAUACAGUGCAGAAACAAAAACAACUCUUGAGCCUGCCAAAACAAAGACAGAAAAUUCUGAGAAGAAACUACCUGCUUCAGUUAGAGACUCAAAAACAGCAGGAACAAAGUAUAUGAAACUUACUAUAGCAAAGGAGGAAAUUGUGACUUCAAAAGAAAUACAGUCAGCUGAACCAGAGGUCCCAACUCCUUUGUCUUCUGUAAAGUCACUCCCUCCUUUACCAGCAUCAUCCCCACCUCAGGUUCCUCCUCCAUUGCCCCCCUUGCCUCCAUUGCCAGUUAUUCCCCCUCUGCCACCUGCUCAGUCAUCUACCAUUCACAGCCCUGCUUUAGUUCCUUUGUGUCUGUCAUCUUCUGUCCACUGUAAGACAUCCUUAACUUCGCAGGCUAACUCUCAGUUCACCAUACAAUCCGCCUCAAAGGGACAUGUUUCUGUGACCAUUGCUGUCCCCCAUCUGAAAACGUCAACAUUGCCUCCACUCCCUUUGCCACCAAUCUUGCCUGGGGAAGAUGAGUUGGAAAGUCCAAAGGAGAUUGUUCCUCUGAAGUAUGUAAAGGAAGAGAAAGAACAGAAGAGACCAAGACACUUGCUUACAGACCUCCCACUCCCCCCAGAGCUUCCUGGUGGAGACCCUUCACCGCCAGAGUCUCCAGAACCAAAGGCAGUCACACCACUUCAGCAGUCAUUGAGAAAGAGACCAAAAAUCUGUUGCCCUCGUUAUGGUGAGAGGAGACAGACAGAAAGUGAAUGGGGAAAGCGCUGUGUGGACAAAUUUGAUAUUAUUGGUAUUAUUGGUGAGGGAACAUAUGGGCAAGUGUACAAAGCCAAGGAUAAGGAUACAGGUGAAUUGGUAGCUUUGAAAAAAGUAAGGCUGGACAAUGAAAAGGAAGGCUUCCCUAUUACAGCUAUCCGUGAAAUCAAGAUACUUCGACAGUUGAUUCACCAGAGUGUUGUCAACAUGAAGGAAAUUGUUACCGACAAACAAGAUGCACUGGAUUUUAAGAAAGACAAAGGUGCAUUUUAUCUUGUAUUCGAAUAUAUGGAUCAUGACCUCAUGGGAUUGCUAGAAUCUGGGCUGGUGCAUUUCUCAGAGGACCAUAUAAAAUCGUUCAUGAAGCAGUUGAUGGAGGGACUGGACUACUGUCACAAAAAAAACUUUCUUCAUCGCGAUAUCAAAUGUUCCAACAUCUUAUUAAACAACAGUGGGCAGAUCAAGCUGGCAGACUUUGGUCUUGCCCGACUUUACAGUUCAGAAGAAAGCCGUCCAUAUACCAAUAAAGUCAUUACACUAUGGUAUCGACCACCUGAGUUGCUGCUAGGCGAAGAGCGUUACACACCAGCUAUAGAUGUCUGGAGCUGUGGCUGCAUCCUUGGGGAACUGUUCACAAAGAAACCUGUUUUUCAAGCUAAUCUUGAGUUGUCUCAGCUUGAAUUAAUCAGCCGUCUUUGUGGGAGCCCCUGUCCAGCUGUAUGGCCAGAUGUCAUCAAACUCCCCUACUUCAACACCAUGAAACCAAAGAAGCAAUAUCGUAGGCGCCUACGGGAGGAGUUUUCCUUUAUUCCUUCUGCUGCCCUUGACCUGUUAGACAAUAUGCUAACACUGGACCCCAGCAAACGAUAUACAGCAGAGCAAGCAUUGCAGAGUGAUUUCCUGAAGGAUGUUGAUAUCAGCAAGAUGGAUCCGCCAGACCUUCCUCAUUGGCAGGAUUGUCAUGAACUGUGGAGCAAGAAACGUCGGCGGCAACGGCAAAGUGGGAUCAUGGUGGAGGAACUCCCCAUGGCAAAGGUUUCCCAGAAGGACAUAGCCUCUAUAAUAAGCACUGAUGCCAUCAAGAAUCAUAGCAGCCCAGUACCCCAACAGCCUGCUCAGAUCAAAACACAACCUGGUUCUGGACACUCACUUGGUCAGUGCAUAGCCUAGGAAAAUCCUUCAAGCAUUAAUCAAGUAGCAGAACCUCUUCCUUAAAUACUUGAGAAGUUAAUUAAAUGGAAGUAACUAUUUUGAAAGGAAGU